GGGUGGCGGCGCACGCGCGCAGGCUCUGUUUGGCCGUUGCCGUGGCAGCGGGACGGGGCUCGGGGCUCGGGGCUCGGGCUGGCGGCGCACGAUGGGGCUGAGGCGGCUGCUGCUGCGCUACUACCCGCCGGGAAUUAUUCUGGAAUAUGUACAAGGUGGUGAGCCGAAGACCAGACCUAUAGACCUACUUGAUCUUAGUCCUGACACAGAUGUAAUAGCCUUAGUAGAAGAAAUUCAAAAAGGAGAACCUCUCAUCACAGCUUCAUGCAAGGAAUAUGUCAUAAAUUUAGUACGAAGAUUGCAGGAGAAGCUAGGGGAACAAGAAGAUCACAAGUUCUAUCUUUUUAAGGUCCUUAGGGCACAUAUGUUACCACUGACUAAUGUAGCAUUCAAUAAAUCUGGUUCUCGCUUUAUCACUGGAAGCUAUGAUAGAACCUGCAAAGUAUGGGAUACUGCAUCAGGAGAAGAGCUACGUACACUGGAGGGACACAGAAAUGUUGUUUUUGCAAUAGCUUUCAAUAACCCUUACGGUGACAAGAUUGCCACUGGAUCAUUUGACAAUACCUGCAAACUGUGGAGUACAGAAACAGGAAAAUGUUACUAUACUUUCAGAGGACAUACUGCAGAAAUUGUAUGUUUAUCAUUUAAUCUUCAAAGCACAUUGGUGGCAACUGGAAGCAUGGAUACCACUGCCAAGUUAUGGGAUAUAGAGAAAGGAGAAGAAGUAGUUACUUUAAGUGGGCAUUCCGCAGAAAUUAUUACAUUGUCUUUUAACACCACCGGAGAUAGGAUUAUCACUGGCUCCUUUGACAAUACAGUAGCAGUGUGGGAGGUUGUCACUGGCAGGAUGUUACAUACUUUAAUAGGCCACCGAGGAGAGAUUAGCAGUGCACAGUUCAACUGGGACUGUUCUCUCAUUGUCACUGGAUCAAUGGACAAAACGUGCAUGCUGUGGAAUGCUAUGACUGGGGCACAUAUAGCAACUUUAACAGGUCACAGUGAUGAGAUACUGGAUGUCUGCUUUGAUUAUGCUGGCCAGCGUAUCGCAACAGCCUCCGCUGAUGGAUCAGGAAGAGUCUAUAAUGCAGAAACAAGAAAGUGCAUUGCAAAACUAGAAGGGCACGGAUGUGAGAUUUCGAAAAUAUGUUUCAACCCUAAAGGCAAUCGUAUACUAACAGCCAGCUCCGAUAAAACAGCUCGACUCUGGGAUGCUGCUACUGGACACUGCCUUCAGAUAUUAGAGGGUCACAGUGAUGAGAUAUUCUCCUGUGCUUUCAAUUACAAAGGCGAUAUAAUCAUUACAGGGAGCAAGGAUAACACCUGCAGAAUAUGGCACUGACUGAAGACAAGGAAAGAUCCAGUAUAGUAUGUGCCUGCAUCAUGAGUUUUGUAGUCAAUAAACUCAGUCUUCAGAUCGUUUUUCUAUUAACCCAUUUGUUGUUUCAGCUUUGCUGAAGUAACCAAGUUACCUAGAUUUUGAUAGGUUAGACUUACUGAUGUCUAGUAGAUGGAGAAUCACAGAGUAGCAGAAGUGACCUCUGGAGAUUGUCUAGUACAAUAUCCCUGCUCAGAGCAUGUCAGCUCAGCAGGCUGCCCAGGGCCCAGUCAAGUGGGUUAUGAAUAUCUGCAAGGAUGGAGACUCCACAGUUUUUCUAGGCAGUCUGCUCUAGUGUUUGAUCACCGUCACUGCUGAAGUGGAAUGCUUUUUUGUAUUUCAGUUUGUGCUUGUUGCCUCCUCACUCAAUACUACUGAAAAGAGUCUGGCUCUGUCAUCUCUGUUACCUGAGAGAAAUCAUGAUUAGCAUGAAUGAACCUGGGACACCCCCAUUUCUUUGUGUCUUCGUUUUCUUGUAGCUCUCCUAAUAAAAAUAAAUAAAUAAAAACAAAAAAUACAGCAUUAGUAUACUCUCAAGAGUGAAAGGUGUGUUGUUAUGCACCUGCUUUGAGUAAUUUUGUAUUUUUUUGUGUAAUAAUAAAGUAUUGAGUUAAAACAUUAGUUUUGUUAUUUGUAAUAAAAUACCUCACUUGAUAUUUCCAGUGAAAAACAUUAAAAAUCAUUUAUGAACUGUAUUGCUACUAACUUUUGCAUGCAUACUGCAGUUAAACUUCUACUCAUACCCUUCCAUAUUUGCCCACACCUUUCCAUUCCAUUUUGGUCAUCCCUAGUUCUUCCAUUCUUAACUAAGGUAAAAAAAAAAAUAAAAAUAAUAAUUUUAGUAGCAACGUGAAACACUGCCCAUCUAAGAUUUGUAGCUAAGGAUCAUAGCAUGAGCUGCGAAGUGGAUAAUGAACUCCUGCAAGUUAUUUGCCAUCAUACAAUGAGCUCUCUCCACCAAUUGCCAACACGCUUCACCUGUGCUCAACUCUCCCACCUCCUACCAGAGCACCUGAAGCUGCAGCUGCUCUUUUCAGGUGAGUAGCAAAGUAGCAGAGCUGAGUGGUGACCUCUGUCAGGCUUGGAAGAAGGGAUGAAGAAGCAAAGAGGGUAGGAUAGAAGAAAAUAAGUGAUGAGGUAUUGAGUAAGAGAGACAAGGAAGAAAGGAAGCACGUAGCAGAGAAUGCACUUGAAGGUACCCAUGAGACUAUGUGCACUGUGCUUCAGCCAAGGCAGAGCAGAAGUGAAACUCAAGCCCAAACAAGCACUUGACAGUCAUAUAAGUUGAGCCCUUUCCCAUGAAUGAGGAAGAAUUGAAGAUUACUUUCAGAGGGUAUAUGAUCCAGAUGUUACCGACUCUUGUCCCUCGGCACCCCUUGGAUGGACAAGUUAUCAAAUCAAAAAGUAUAACUAGUU